AUGGGAUCGCUCUCUGAUAGUUCCAGCAGACGCAGGGACUGGCUCGUAAGCGAGGACGAUAGCGAGUGUUUCUUGAAGCCGGCCAAGUUCUCGCAAGAUGACAUCAACGUCUUCCACAACGCCGAAGCGACAGUCGCCAGUGAUGGUUUACUGCAAUUGCAGAGAAUCUGUGACAGCCUCCAACAGGAUAACGUUUUGAUCACCGACCGCGUCUCUUUCGGCAAGAGGAUCUGGGACUUGCAUACCUACGAAGAGGACCCGGCAGCGUUCCCGAUCCAAAACGUACCGAUCAAAUGCAACAUAUUAUCCAGCAUGUCGGAACUGCUCCGCAACCGUCGACACGACGACCUGUCGGACGACUCAAUGGAAAAAGUGGCGAAAGUGCUGGACUAUCUCCGAAAACUUUCAGAGGCAGCAGUGUUCAAUGACGCCUCUAAGCCGCCCAAAGCGGUCGAGAGGGUGCGAACACUAGACCCGUCUCGCUCGAGAAGACCGAUGUCCGGUUCGUUUUCCCACAGGAAGUCCAACCGGCCCAGUGCUGCCGCUGGCGGGCGAGCCAGCGGCCAGAAGGGCAAGGAGCUGAGCAUUGAUAACAUCAGCAAGUUCCACGAGUACAAGCCCCUCAUAGUCUCGCUUCACUCCAGAUUGAAGCUACUCGACCAGAAAAACCGCAGAAACGAUCUCAUCUUCGACUUUGUGCUGCACAAUAUAUGUAAAUUCAUUCUUGAUGACUGCAAAUUGCUGCUGAUCGACUACAUAGAGAGGGAAAUCCUGAAUUUAUAG